AUGAAAGAUACAUCUGAGAAGAAAGGACUUCAAGAAAAUCACCAAGAUCAAGACUUCGAUGACCAGAAGAGAUCAAACGAUGAAGAAGGGACGCAAACUGAACAGAAAAUAAGAGGUAAAAUCCGGAUUAUGUUGAAGAAAGACCAACUUUUUAGGAAGAAAUACAUACUGACAGUGGCAUACAUUGCUUCUUUUCUGGCACUUGGAUGGGUAGAGGGUCAGAUGGGACCUACCUUUCCAGACCUCAGACUUCUUGCCAAGACAACCCUGGAGAAAGGAUCUCUAUUCUUUACCAUGGGGACCGUUGGCUACCUCUUUGGCUCAUUGUUAACAGGCUAUCUCUUCGACAAGCGAGUCUUAGACAGAAACCUGCUGAUGUUUAUUGCCACCGCCGGAUACGGUGUCAUUGUUGCAGUUAUACCUUGGUGUGGGAUGUUUGAGGUCAUGGUUAUUAUACAUAUUUUCAAAGGUGCUUUUGGAGGCGGAUUGGACACUUGUGGAAACGCGGGACUUGUUAAGACGUGGGGUGACGAGGGUGAUGCCUAUUUCAGUGCUUUACAUUUUGCAUUUGCUGUUGGUGGAAUUCUGUCCCCUUUGGCAGCAUCACCUUAUGUUCUGUCACCUGACGAAAAUGGUCCCCAAAUGAUCUUCCCAAACUCUACCAACUCUACCCAUGGUUUAUUUGAAGUUACAAACAUAUAUAACACGACCAAUAAUUCUUCAGCGCAAGCAUCAAAUGACUUUCAAGAAUCGUUAAUCUAUAUUCCAUACACUAUGACCACAGGACUAUGUCUACUAACAUCCCUUCCAUUUAUUGUAUUUUUCUGUAUAUCCUUAGAGAAAGCACUUGAAAAAGAUACAACAAUGGAGGAGGUACAAAAUAAAAGAAAACCUCACCAAAGGCUUAGAAUACUGGGAUUCAUCAACAUGGUUAUAUUUAUGACUGUAUAUGUUGCUGUGGAGGAUAGUUUUGCUGGUUUUCUGACAACGUUCGUGACGUCACAAUUACAUCGGUCAAAUGCUGAUGGAAGUUACAUCACCUCUGUCUACUGGGCAUCGUUUGCUGCCGGACGUUUUCUGGGAAUUUUCCUAGUUAGAUGGUUCAGCCCAGCGAAAAUGAUCUUUACCUAUAAUUGUGCGCUUUUGCUGUCUCUUCUAGGCUUUCUUCUUACGUCACAACAUGACGCUAUAUAUGGCAUAUGGAUCUUUACUUCACUAACCGGAUUCUCUUUAUCAGUAAUUUUUCCCACCGUUUUUAUGUGGACAGAACAGAAAUUCCUAAAGGUCACGGGGAAAGUAGCCUCCUUUUUUCUCGUGGCGGCUUCGGUGGGAUUUAUGGUGAAUCCACCGAUUAUGAGCGCUUUGAUGGAGAACUAUACCCCUAUGUGGUUUAGCUACCUGUUGUUCAGUGAAACGGUACUUUUACUCGUUCUUUAUUUCUCAGGAUUGUUGAUCUCUAAGAGAAUAACAACAAAACGUUCUAAUGUGGCGGAUAAGGAGCUCGUUGUUUUAAACGAAUAAA